AUGGCCGCGCUACCAGCCUGGGGUUUGCUCGCAGGCAAGACAGCCGCCAUUACGGGCGGCACCACGGGAAUUGGACGGGCAAUUGUGUUGGCAUACAUUACGCAAGGAUGUAACGUUGCUGUCAACCAUCUGGGGCUCUCAAAGGACGAAGAUCAUCAACACAGUCUCCUAGAAGAAGUAAAAGCUAUUGGGCGGAAGGGCAUCAACACAGGAAAGAUUCUCGAGCUUUCUGGUGAUGUGACAAAUCCACAGACCAGCGCAGACCUAGUUCAGGCCGCGGUAUCUAAAUGGGGUAAGCUGGAUAUCUUCGUUGCCAAUGCAGGAGUAUUCAAGCAAGCCGAAUUUCUAAAGUAUGAUCAAUACAGAGCCCUUUCCGUCCAUGAGAGUACUGCUAACAUCCACAGAAUUCAACCCGCGCUAUUAGAUCACAGUGUCGAUGUGAACGUCAAAGGCACAUUUUACUCAUGCCAAGCUGCCGCUCAGCAAAUGGUCAAACAGGGACACGGGGGUUCAAUUAUUGGAGUUUCGUCCGUCAGCGCGCUCCUAGGUGGUGGACUUCAGACGCAUUAUACUCCCACCAAGGCUGCGAUCUUGUCAAUGAUGCAGUCCAUGGCUAUUUCACUAGGCAAGGACCAGAUUCGAUGCAAUGCAUUGAUGCCGGGGACAAUCGCUACCCAGCUAGCUGAUCACGAUAUGAAAAACCCGACCAAGAAGGCUGCACUCGAGGCGCGAAUCCCGCUUGGUCGCAUUGGGGAUCCCAACGAUAUGGCGGGCCCGGCCGUAUUUUUGGCUUGUGAGGAGAUGAGCCGAUAUGUAAAUGCAACUGGAAUUUUGGCAGAUGGUGGAAUGUUUAGCAAUUUGCAAUGA